UUGGGCUUCGGCUCUGCUCCCGCGGCUCCUGCAGCUCCGGCUAGGGCUCUGGCCAGGCUCCGGCCAUCUCUGGCUGCAAGCGCUGCCGCCGCCAGCCCGCUGCUCUCGGCGUGGCCAUGAGGAGGCGGCGGCGGCCGCUGCGGCCUGUGUCAAGGUGACCGGCCGGGACUGCGGCGGCCCCGACCACGACAGCGGCCCCGACAUUGACAGCGGCCCCCAGGCCCAUUGCUGGAGAGCGGGGAGAAUUUGCUGUUUUGAAAGAAACGUACCCUAAUCCUGUGCCUGGUGAAGUGGCAAUAUGCACAGUAAUGUAGAUGACAGGAAUCCUCCCUGCAUUUUGUGUCACCAGCUGAGGUGGCCCUGACACUCCCCCCUGAGGCCUGGAGAGAGCAUGUAUAAACGGAAUGGCCUGAUGGCCAAUGUUCUGGUCACCUCCGCGACUCCCCAGGGCAGCAGCAGCUCAGACUCUCUGGAAGGACGGAGCUGUGACUACGCCAGUAAAAGCUAUGAUGCCGUUGUGUUUGAUGUAUUGAAAGUAACUCCUGAGGAGUUUGCUAGCCAGAUUACGCUCAUGGAUAUCCCAGUAUUCAAAGCUAUACAGCCAGAGGAAUUAGCCAGCUGUGGAUGGAGUAAGAAAGAGAAACACAGCCUCGCCCCUAAUAUUGUGGCCUUUACCAGAAGGUUUAAUCAGGUCAGUUUUUGGGUCGUGCGGGAGAUUCUGACAGCACAGACUUUAAAAAUAAGGGCGGAAAUCCUGAGCCAUUUUGUGAAGAUAGCAAAGAAACUUCUGGAGCUCAACAAUCUUCAUUCUCUCAUGUCUGUGGUAUCAGCAUUACAGAGUGCACCCAUUUUCAGACUGACAAAAACAUGGGCUCUUUUAAAUCGAAAAGACAAGACCACUUUUGAGAAGCUGGAUUAUUUGAUGUCUAAGGAAGAUAAUUAUAAGAGGACUCGGGAGUACAUCCGAAGCCUGAAGAUGGUCCCCAGUAUUCCUUAUUUAGGAAUUUAUCUUCUGGAUUUAAUCUACAUCGAUUCUGCAUACCCAGCUUCAGGAAGCAUCAUGGAAAAUGAACAAAGAUCCAAUCAGAUGAACAAUAUUCUGCGAAUAAUAGCUGAUUUACAAGUCUCCUGCAGCUAUGAUCACCUCAUAACAUUACCACAUGUACAAAAGUAUUUGAAGUCUGUUCGCUAUAUUGAGGAGCUUCAGAAGUUUGUUGAAGAUGACAAUUACAAGUUGUCUCUGAGAAUUGAACCAGGAAGCUGUUCUCCCCGACUGGUUUCUUCAAAGGAGGACCUCGCAGGUCCCUCAGCUCUGUCAGGUGCCAUGAGGUUCAGCCGGAGGCCAACCUGUCCUGAUACGUCGAUUGCUGCCAGCCUCCCCACACCCCCUGUCCCACGUCACAGGAAGAGCCACAGCCUGGGAAACAAUAUGAUGUGUCAGUUCAGUGUAGUUGAGAGUAAAAGUGCAACGUUCCCAUCGGAGAGACCUCGUCACCUGCUGGAUGACAGUGUUCUAGAGCCCCAGAGUCCAGGCAGGGGCCAGGGCCGGGGCCUGCCCCUCACCUCCUCUGCUGUCACCAAUGGACUCUCCUUAGGCAGUAGUGAAAGCUCAGAGUUUAGUGAAGAGCUGUCUUCAGGGCUGGAAAGGGGUCGACUAUAUGCUACCUUGGGACCCAAUUGGCGGGUUCCAGUUCGGAACUCUCCCAGGACCAGGAGCUGUGUCUACAGUCCCACAGGGCCAUGCAGCUGUGCACUGGGGAACUCGGCGGGGGUCAUUACCAUGGAGGGACCUUUGAAAAGGAAAACAUUACUUAAGGAAGGACGAAAGCCUGCGCUUUCCUCAUGGUCUAGGUACUGGGUAACACUAUCAGGAUCAACUCUGCUAUAUUUUGGAGCAAAGUCCUUACGGGGUACUGACAGAAAACAUUAUAAAUCCACACCUGGAAAAAAAGUUUCCAUUGUUGGAUGGAUGGUACAGUUACCUGAUGAUCCUGAGCAUCCUGAUAUUUUCCAGUUGAAUAACCCUGACAAAGGCAAUGUUUACAAGUUUCAGACCGGCUCCAGAUUGCACGCGAUACUGUGGCACAAGCACUUGGAUGAUGCAUGUAAAAGCAACAGGCCUCAGGUACCUACUAACCUUAUGUCAUUCGAAUAAGCAGCUGCACAAUGCUUGGUGUGAGCCAAAAGUGCCAAACUACAGGAUGGAGGAAAACUACACAUACACACAGUUAGAGAAGAUCAUUCUUUGGCCACCAGCUGCCACAUAGUAUCGUACCCACACUCAGCUGUGCAACUUCAAAGUGAUUCUGAUGAGCGCAUGAGUGUCCCAUGCAGUGACUUCCUCAGUCCUACUGGCUAUAAGAAACCAUUGAACUCUGCUGCAGGACCCACAGAUCCUGGGCUCACUUGUGGCCACCAAUAACCCUGGACAAUUGCUGGACCAUAGACUGGGCAUCCCAUCCUUUGCCUGUCCUUUUAUAAACAGUCCUUUUUGUGGCAAAGCUGCUUUCUGUGACCGAAGAACAUUUAGCCCAUGUUGGGUUUUCAAUUCUUUCUAAUGCACAAAGACAACAGGCAGUGUUCACUUGCUGCAAAGUGUCCAUUAGAGUAGACAUCAUGGAACGACAUUUUUAUAACCUAAGUGCACUGAGUUGCUUAGCAAUGUGGCUGCCUCUGAUUUUGUAUAACACACACACACACACACACACACACACUACCCAGACAUUUCCGCCGUGUAUGAGCUAUUUGGGAAACAUGUAUUUUGGCACCAGAUUUGCAACCUAACUCACUUCAUUUGGUUGGAAAGAACUGCUUUGUAGACUUACAUUACAACGCUGUCCAGGUAAGGUAAGAGUUCAUCACUGGAGGUCAUUAAGCUGUUGCACUGGAUAGAGGAGAUUCUUAUUCAGGUAUUGAGUUGGACAAGAUGUCCCCUGAGGUCUCUUCCAACUCGGAAGUUCUGUGCUUCUUUGAUCAGUAAGGUUUUAAAUUCAUUUUGGUUUAAUGUUCCCCUUGGGUUCUCUAACUAUACACAAUUAAUGCCUUAAAUCGCAUAUUGUUUUCUUUGACUAUGGGUGCUAUUCCUCUGCAAAGCCUGCUCCCCUUGGGGCAUCUCAAACUCCCUCUGACUUGGUGUCCAUGGAGCCUUAUUAUUGUCAGGUCUUCCAAGUCAGGGCCCAGCCCCAGAAGAUGAGCUGUCUUUUGACCCAUUCCCUUUCUUUGGAGGGUCUGGGGGCACUUUGGGGCUCACCUUUGCUUUGCCCUUUGUGCUAAAAAAAAAAAAAAGGAGGUUAAAAAGCUAUUCUCCAACUGUCCCAGUGUUGCUGAGGCUUUGGGGAGAUGAAAGGCAGCUGUGGAGAGGCUGGGAAAAGAGUCAAAGGAGCAGCCUUCAGGGUGACAACAAUGGUGGGCUUUUUUUCCAGCAGGGUCAUCCUGGUCCCUGCUGGGCUAAACAUCUUGCUCACCCAUCUCCACUGCCAUAGCUGAUGUUUUGGGGGUUUUGAUUAGUCAGGGCUGCUGAGAUCUGA